CGAGAGCGGCACCGGUUGCUCGGUGCCGGCGGAGCCGCGCCGCCCGCUAUAUAAGGGGCGGCGGCUGCUCGGCACUCACUCACACCGGCCCCUGCCCGCGGCUGCUGGUGCUGGGCGGAGGCCGGGCCUCGACAGCAUGGCCCGCGGCGGGGCGCAAUGGGAGGUGGUCUCUCCCCCUGCCUCCCGCGGACCCUCCUCUUUCUCCUCCUGCUCCUCCCGCACCCGCGGCGGCGGCUGCAAACUUGCUGCGGCGGGCUGCGUGUGAAGGCACGGCCCGGCGGGGCGGCUCCGCUGCCCCCGCAGCCCCCGCCGUCGCGCCCGCAGCCCGGGGGCGAGGCCGCCGCCCGCGGGCAUGCGGCUCCGCUGCCACCGCGCCCGUCGAGACACGGAGCGGAGCCGCGGACGGCGGGGCUGCGCUUAGGGGCGGCCGGGGCGGGAGCCCCAUGUCCGGGGCUCGCCGCGCUCCGCGGGCAGGCGGCGGGGCGAUGAGCUGCCGGGGCGAGCGGGCGCGCCUGGCCCCCGGUUUGCCCUGCUCCCUCGCCCGUGGGGAGUGAGGCUCCGCGGAGCCCGGUCGGAGCUCCCGGAAGGGCGGGCAGGCGGGUGGGGAGGUGGUGCCGGCGCGGCGAUGCUGCAGCCCUCCCCCGGCGCCGACGGGGUCCUGCCGGGGUAGCGGCCCCGCCGUGCCGCGCCGAGCCCCGCCGUCUGCGGGGGCGGCGGCCGCGGAGGGAUGGAGCCGGCCGGCCCCUGCCGGGCGCAGUUGGGCUCCGCCAACGACUCUUACCGAAACUGUAGCGCCGAGGAAGUGAUUUACCAAGAUGCCACCCCUCUCUCCGGGAAGAUCGUGCUCGCCGUCGUCCUGGCGCUGGUCACCCUGGCCACGGUGCUUUCCAACGCCUUUGUCAUCGCCACGGUCUACCAGACGAGGAAACUCCACACGCCGGCCAACUAUCUGAUCGCCUCGCUGGCCGUCACCGACCUCCUCGUCUCCAUCCUUGUCAUGCCCAUCAGCACCAUGUACACUGUGACCGGCAGGUGGACGCUGGGUCAGAUCGUCUGCGAUAUCUGGCUGUCCUCGGACAUCACCUGUUGCACGGCGUCCAUCCUGCACCUCUGUGUCAUCGCCCUGGACCGCUACUGGGCGAUCACCGACGCCGUCGAGUACUCCACGAAACGGACUCCCAAGCGGGCAGCGGGCAUGAUCGCACUGGUAUGGAUCUUCUCCAUCUGCAUCUCCAUGCCCCCUUUGUUUUGGCGGCAGGCGAAGGCCGAGGAAGUAUCUAACUGUGUGGUGAACACGGACCACGUCCUCUACACCGUGUACUCCACAGUAGGAGCCUUCUACUUCCCCACUCUGCUGCUCAUAGCCCUCUACGGGAGGAUCUACGUGGAAGCCAGGUCGCGGAUUUUGAAGCAGACGCCAAAGAAAGCAGGUAAAAGACUAACGCGGGCACAGUUAAUUACAGACUCCCCGGGGUCGACCUCUUCCGUCACGUCCAUAAACUCUAAGGCUCCCGAGGGAUCCAGCGAAACGGGCUCCCCCGUGUACAUGAACCAGGUGAAGGUGAAGGUCUCGGACGCCCUGCUGGAGAAAAAGAAGCUGACGGCCGCUAGAGAGCGGAAAGCUACAAAGACUUUAGGGAUUAUUUUAGGAGCCUUCAUCGUGUGUUGGCUGCCCUUUUUCAUCAUCAGCUUGGUGAUGCCUAUUUGCAAGGACGCUUGCUGGUUCCACAUGGCCAUCUUUGACUUUUUCACGUGGCUUGGAUAUCUCAACUCUCUCAUCAACCCCGUCAUCUAUACUAUGUCUAACGAAGACUUCAAACAAGCUUUCCACAAACUCAUACGUUUCCGAUGCACAGGCUGAAAUGUUGAAUGCGAUGUGCUCCCCGGGGCAGCCCCCAUGCACGCCCGCGCCCGGCGCCACAGAAUCAAGUUGCUAUUGUAAAGACCCACUGCUUGAAACUUCCCCAAGCCCAGUUGCCAGACUCAUGAUGCUGCAAAAACGUCAAUACAUUCUGCCACCAAACUGCUCAGCUCUGCGUUUCAGUGUAAUGACUCUGGCAGAGAUGCUGUUCCAAUAGGCACGCAGAUCAGUUGCAAAAAAAAA